CAAAACGCUGGAGAAACCACUGUACAUUAGGUUUCUAGACUUGAGCCCUCACUCGCUCCUUUUCGUCGCAUUUCUUGUAAAACCCUUUUUGCAGAGCUCCCGCCGAUCUUUCUCUAUUCACUCGUUCUUCAAGGGAUAAUGGAUUUGUUGGAGGGAAAUUUCAAACUUAACGAGAUUCAGAAACUUGAAGGUCACACUGAUAGGGUUUGGAAUCUAGCUUGGAAUCCAGCUACUGGAAUCUCUGGAAUUCCUCCUAUGCUUGCUUCUUGCAGUGGUGAUAAAACUGUUUGCAUAUGGCAACAGAACUCGUUUGGCACUUCCUGGGAAUGCAAGGCGGUUUUGGAUGAAACACAUACACGAACAGUUAGGUCGUGCGCUUGGUCUCCUUGUGGGAAAUUAUUAGCUACUGCCAGUUUCGAUGCUACUACUUCGAUUUGGGCAAAUGUUGGUGGUGAUUUUGAAUGUGUUUCCACUCUUGAGGGUCAUGAGAAUGAAGUCAAAAGUGUUUCAUGGAAUCCAGCUGGUAACCUGCUUGCAACGUGCAGUCGAGAUAAAUCUGUUUGGAUUUGGGAAGUCUUACCAGGGAAUGAGUGUGAGUGUCUUUCAAUCUUGCAAGGACACACACAGGAUGUGAAGAUGGUUCAGUGGCAUCCGUUUCUGGACCUGUUGUUUACUUGCAGUUAUGAUAACACUAUUAGGAUUUGGGCUGAAGAUGGUGAUGGCGAUGGCGAUGACUGGCAUUGUGUCCAAACAUUAAACCAAGCUAGCAAUGGGCACUCGUCUACAGUUUGGGCAUUAUCUUUUAACUCUACGGGGGACAAAAUGGUCACCUGUAGUGAGGAUCUUACCUUGAAAAUAUGGGAAAGUGACCCCAAAGCAACACCACCAGCUGAAGAUGGCUUUGUUCCAUGGAGACAUGUUUCCACUCUCGCUGGAUAUCAUGAUCGGACAAUAUUCUCAGUUCAUUGGUCGAGAGAGGGCAUAAUUGCUAGUGGGGCUGCUGAUAAUGCUAUACGUCUUUUUGUUAAGAAUGAAGAGGUUGAUGGACCGUCCUAUAAAUUGCUGCUGAGGAAGGAGAAGGCUCAUGAAAUGGACGUAAAUGCAGUACAAUGGAGCUCCCAGGAAACCAGGUUACUAGCUUCUGCAAGUGAUGACGGGACUAUAAAAAUAUGGGAGUUGGCAUCUGUAGCCUGAUAUAUCCUUGGAGAGAGCUGGCCUGGCAGAAGUUACCAAAUUUCAGUUUGGGACUGAACCCAAGGUCCCAUAAUCUUAGUUUUUAUCUUAUUAUAUCUUUUUUUUUUGGCAAAUACCAUUAGCUUAUGUUACAGCACUCAAAAAUAUACCCAAUCAUAUGGUUCUAAGUUAUAUUUAAUGUCAGUGUCCUUUGUCAACAUUUCUUUUGCAUGAAGAUGGCGUUCUAAGCUUUCUUGUUCCGUCUUGUAUCUAUCUUCCUACUUGACUCUGGCACACAUUAAAAUACAAAACCAUGUUAAAGUAUUUGUUAACCUGUUUUGAUCUUUAUGAAGCAUCACAUGAUUGUGUACAUUCAGCUCAUUCUAAUCUUUGUAAUGUCACAGUGAUAGAGCUUUAUAUCAGUGCUUGGUGGUCACUUUCA